CCUGUUGGAUACGUUGGACACAGAACGCCUGUAGGUCAUACCUGACAAUAAAACUACUGAGGACUUUUUUAAUAUCAUCCAUCUUUUGCAUUGAASACAAGCAAACUUACAGCCAUGGAUAACCGAUUGUUCCUCGGCCUCCUCUUUGUGACGCUGUCUUGGGGAUUAAUGGGUACCUUUGCUCAGAAUACAACCGCUGCACCAAAUGCAACAGCAAAUGCCAUAGGAAAUACCAUAGGAACUACCGUAGGAAAUACCAUAGGAAGUGGUUCAACAAUUCCAGCUGCAGCUACCAAUAUGACAGCAUCUGUAGCAAUGGCAACAGCAGGAAACAUGACGAUGAACACCGGGGCAAUGACGACGGCAGGAAAUAUGACGAUGAACACCGGGGCAAUGACGACGUCAGGAAGCAUGACGAUGAACACCGGGGCAAUGACGAUGGCAGGAAACAUGACGAUGAACACCGGGGCAAUGACGACGGCAGGAAAUAUGACGAUGCACACCGGGGCAAUGACGACGGCAGGAAACAUGACGAUGAACACCGGGGCAAUGGCAACGGCAGGAAACAUGACGAUGAACACUGGGGCAAUGACGUCGGCAGGAAACAUGACGAUGAACACCGGGGCAAUGACGUCGGCAGGAAACAUGACGAUGCACACCGGGGCAAUGACGACGGCAGGAAACAUGACGAUGAACACCGGGGCAAUGACGUCGGCGGGAAACACAACAAUGACCACUGUGGCAAUGACGUCGGCAGGAAGCAUGACAAAUGCUACAGCAGCAACCAAUGUGUCACUCAUUCCAGUGGGAGCUCUUCAGACACCGAUUUCUAGGACAAACUGUGGCAUCUCAAAAUUGUGCGUAUCCGUCCCCUUAACAUGUGACCCUGCUACAGGAGCCGGAUGCUCUUUUAUUUCUGUCCAGCAGCAGAGUGGUCAGUURUACGACUUUGAGGCCUCAGGAGAAACAAGUGGCUACAUUGCUACUGGAGUGUCAACUUCUACCAKUGUGAAUGACACUCAGCAAGCCUACGUCUGCGCAAACCACAAAGGAGCUGUGAGAUUCUUCACAGCCACCAUCACCAAUUUUGAGCUGAAUUUGACAAAGUUGAAUGUAAGCAAUGUACUGGGUGCAGUCAAUGCAACAAAGAUCCAGUGCAAGUUUGCGGCCACACUACCAGAUACAACAGCUCGAGCAGCAGAUUACUCAGUGUCAUUWGCAAAUGGAACCUACGACCCUGCUACUGGAACAUUUGGACGAGCCAGUUUCCUCAUAUUCACCAGCAUAUUAAACCUGUCAAAUCCUAAUUCCACUACCAAUCAGACAAAUAGCGCAUAUCCAGCCACAUACCACCAAUCACUAAUCCCAGCUCUGCUGGUCACUGCGGUCAUGCUGCCUUUCAGCAUGCUGUAAAGGAACAGACUUCUGUCAGGCCUCAAUAAGAAUAUGUGACUUUUCUAUUGAUGCCAAGUUGUAGCUGCRAAAAAGUGUUGAGGCUUUCAGACCAGCUGGGUCAAAUAGGGCAAUGUUUCUUUUUUAACAUAUUUUACUACCUUUGAUGACYCUGAACCCAUAAGGAAAAUGAAUGAAGCAGUAAAGAGUUAGAAAAGAAGUUUCUUUUUUCAGGAUGCGUUACUGUUUAUAUAAAUGUAGGGUUUGAAGGUCUGGUUACCUUUCAUGCCCUUGAAAAUAUUUUUUUGCUAAAAUAUCAGUUAWUUGUUUUUGCACGUUAAAAGAUACAUUUGUUCUCUAUAUCUGUUUAAUCAUCAAGAUGAUGAUUUGAUGCCUUGUGUGUUUUAAAACUUUUAUAUGUACAUUUUCUCACACAAGAUAGUAAUUAAAAUGUCUGUCAUGAAUACUUUCCAUAUUUUAUAUAACAUUUUUUUUYCCUGGUGGUAACAACUGAUUGUACCAAAUAAAAAAGGAAGCUUUCCCUGGCUGAUGAUUUUUGUGAAGCGUGAUAUUUGUAAAAAAAUGUUUCUUGAUAACAAAAACUGGUGAAAGUAAUGUACAUUUGCACAUAUUGUAGCAAUUUAUAUUUUAAUAAAUGAACUAAAAUAAAAA